GGAAUAGGUGUGUCAUCCUCCACUCACGCUUCUGUCGAGAAAAUAGUAGGAGUUCGUGUUGACUGACCAGAGUCCGCGAAUUUCUUCAUAUAUUUGUAAGACGUUCUUUUUCCCGCUACUUGUGAUAUCUUGAUCAACCGAAACUCUGAGGAUGACUUCAGUUCAUAACUUUGGUGUGCUGCCUGUGACUUGUCACACAUGGAAUAAAAACCGGAGUGAAUUGGCCUUGUCCUUGAGUGGUACAGAGGUGAAGAUUUACGCUAAGGAUGGGUCAGGCUGGAAGGAGACACAGACCUUGACCGAGCAUGCUCAGCGGGUCACCGGUAUCGACUGGGCGCCCAAUAGUAACCGCAUCGUUACCUGUGGAGCUGAUCGUAAUGCUUAUGUCUGGACCUUCUCUGAUGGAAAGUGGAAACCGACGCUUGUCAUUCUUCGCAUUAACCGUGCCGCUACCUUUGUCAAGUGGUCACCUCAAGAAAAUAAGUUUGCUGUGGGAAGUGGAGCACGAGUCGUGUCUGUGUGUUACUUUGAUAAGGACAAUGAUUGGUGGGUCAGCAAGCACAUCAAGAAGCCAAUCAGAUCAACCGUAACAAGCUUGGACUGGCAUCCCAAUAACAUCCUGUUGGCUUGUGGCUCUACAGAUUUUAAAUGCAGGGUCUUCUCUGGUUAUUUGAAGGAGGUAGAGUCCAAGCCAUCAGCCAAUCACUGGGGCACCAAGUUUAAUUUUGGAAACUUGUUGGCGGAGUUCUCUACUGGUGGAGGAGGCUGGGUACAUUCUGUGUCCUUCUCUGCCAGUGGAGACAAACUGGCCUGGGUUGGACACGACUCUAGUGUGGCUGUCGUCAAUGGUGCUGAUGGACUCAAGCUGUCAUUUGUGAAGACAGAGUUCCUUCCCUUCAUGGGCUGCUCCUGGGUUUCUGAGAACUCCCUGGUCUGUGUGGGUUAUGACUGUAACCCAAUGGUGUAUUCCUACGCGGACAAUGGACGGCUGACUUUUGUCAGCAAACUUGACAUACCAAAAGAGAAAGAGGGGGGCACUGUCAGUGCAAUGAAGCGUUUCCAAGACCUGGAUAAGAAAGCUGCCGUGGAUGACUCCUCCACGGAUCUCAAGACUCUCCACAAGAACACUAUCCUACAAGUUACUGUUCACAGUGGCACCAAAGCUGAUGCCACUAAAGUGUCUACCUCUGCUGUGGAUGGGAACAUCAUCAUCUGGGACUUCAAGUCCCUUGAAAGGUCGAUUUCUGGCCUGAAGAUUUGAGCAGAAUGGGCAGUCAGUGAUGAGGGAGUCUCACCGAAUACUGUACAUCCCAUGCCUACACAUUCUGUAUUCUACAUGUAAUGUUUACAUUAGCUCAGCCUUCCCACAAUACCCUAUUUUGACCUAUUUUAGAAGCAUGAGCCAAUCCCAGGCUGUUUGAUUGGUUAAUUGGGUAAGUGUAACAUAGCCUGAUGUAAUACUCUGUUACUUCCUGUAACCAGUAACUCAAGAUAUAUACCAUUCCAGAACUUUUUUCUCCACUUUGUUUUUCUUAUUUCUGAAAAAAGGCAUAUUUGAAAGUAUGGUUACGUUAAUUUGAGACCUGUUCUGUACUAAAAUUACAAUUAUUUCAUGCCUUGUUCUCUAAUUAAGCUGAAAAUGUAUGUACAGUACUCUAAAACAUCUACAAGAGUGAAAGAAAAAAAGCAACAAAGAAAUUUAUUGUUGCUUUUUCUUCUAGUAAUAUACAUAUUACCGCAAGACUACAUGGCACGUUUCUUGGAUAUACUAUAUUGUUUUAACGAAGAUUUAUCAUUUGUUGAGCUUGAAUUUUAGGUGUAGAACAAACUGAGUAUCAUACAUUUAUGUUACAGUGGGUUUUCUUCAUUGAAAGCUUCCCUGAAAUGCAACUUCAUUACAUUUCUGAACGUUUUUUUUUUUCAUGAAAAUUGUCAAAAGAAGAAAAAUACAAAUUAUUGUCGAAAUAUUUAUACCUACAUAUAUAUUGUAAAUUGAAGCAUAUGUAAAUUUUUUUAUAACCUUAAUAAAGAAGAAGGGACUCCCACAGA